AUGCCCGACACAAGAGGUAGUGAAACAGAGAUGGCUAUCAGUACUCGAUUGCUAUCUUUAAUGUACGACAAAGCGACACCACGAUUACGAGUGGACGAACUGAACGAAAACAGCACUCGAUAUGACUUGGCCGUUGCCGCUCCGCCUGACGAAACUUUAGUAGACUACUGGUAUGCAUGGGCGAUAAUAACCUUUCUGUCAGGAAUGUUCAGCUUCGUCGUCUUCUUGGGAGUCGUUUCGAGCCGGAAGACCCGACGGCAGCCUUUCAACUUGUAUCUGAUCUACCUGAUGGUACCGGAUUUUCUGUUUUCGUUACUCUGUGCCAUGACGUGCCUAAUGAACGCGAUACACGGCAGUUACUGGAGUCAUUGGAUGUGCAAUUUUCAACAAUUCUAUGUAGUGUUUGGGUUUGGAGCCAACAUGUGGCUAAAUGGUGUGGUGUGCUUUCAGCUGCACAGAAUGCUUUCAUUCUCAAAUGGCAGAAGGCGCUACCAAAUGCCCAGCCGAAGACGAGUAACAUUUCACUCUAUGGCGGUCUAUAGCUGGUGCUUAUUUCUGGCUAGUUGGGGUAUCUAUGAGACUCCAAAGUUCCCCUUUCACUCAGGAGCGGUUACAGGAUUGGGGUGCUUGCCAGUGGAAACGGAUGGAGCCUCGACCCUCUUCUUCUGGCUUGUAUUCUUUCCAGUCUUUGCUGGCAUACCGCUUGUGUACGUAAUGUGGGCGUGUUUUGAUGUAUAUCGUCGGAAUUUGCUGCCACCUCGGGGCAAGCGACGACUCUUAUUUAUAUACUAUGCGCGCCUUGUCGGGAUGUUUGUGGUGAUGUGGGUUCCUUCCAUCGUCCUCGCUUUUGUCAUGCCGAUAUCACCUGAGUACUUCUUUGCUGGUGGGACUUGGAGUCACCUGCAGGGGGGAGUGAGUGCUGUCGUAGCCUUGAUGAAACCCGAUAUUUUGCAGGCUGUGAAACGAUUCAUCAAAUGUCGCUGUGACGAUGCUGAGGUUGAGAAGGACGAAAGAUUUAGGCAGCAGAGUGAGGAUUCUCAUGGAAAGAGCCUUACAGAUGCUGAAAGAAUGCGGCGAACUUCGACUAGCAUGAGGGUGAGUGAGUAUGAUUCGCACUAUAAUAAGUCUUUAGGAGACAUGUCUUUCGACCUAGAGAUCGGACCAUCGGUCGGGACAAACAAAUCGACAGAGCUGGAAACCACCCCGCAUAAAGAAGAGCAAACAAAACCCGAACAAGAAGGCAAAGAAGACACGCCCUCGAUGGACACGUCAGAUGGAAUCGAUGGGGUCAGUCGGCAUUCUCGAAUAGACCAAACAGGCCAAGUCACUAUUCAUGGGAGCCGAAAGAAUGGAAGGAGGUACGCCAAUGAGAUUGUAAUAGAGUAG